GCAAGUCCAUUCCACCCCCGGUGGUUAUUAAUUUCGGAACACAUCUGAAUUCCUUCUCUGUGGCAUAUGCUUUAGCAGAGGAAAAGACAGCUCCAGGCCAGGGUCAGAUUUCAAGUUCUCAUCUGUUGGUAUCACUACCAGAUCCCUCUUUGUCGUCAACUUUUGAGAUCUUCCCUGAGUACAACUUGGUUUCCGAAGUGCUACACAAGUGCCUCUGGUCAUCAUUCUCUUCACACAACCACAGUCUCCUCUCCUGGAAAAGCGUCUACUAUACUGAGCUUUGCUUUUGGAAAGAACUUCUCCCUGAGACCAGGUUGAGAGCAACUCUCUGGUGCCAUACUUCCCAGCAUGGAGGUGAAGAACUUUGAAGUUUGGGAUUAUGUAGUCUUUGCAGCCCUCUUUGUCAUUUCCUCUGGAAUUGGGGUGUUCUUUGCCAUUAGGGAGAGAAAAAAGGCAACUUCAAGGGAGUUUCUGGUUGGGGGACGGCAAAUGACCUUUGGCCCCGUGGCGUUGUCUCUGACAGCCAGCUUCAUGUCCGCUGUCACUGUCCUGGGGACCCCGGCCGAGGUCUACCGCUUUGGGGCAUCCUUCAUCCUCUUCUUCAUUGCAUACGCAUUUGUUAUCAUCUUCACAUCAGAGCUCUUUCUCCCUGUGUUCUACAGAUCUGGAAUCACCAGCACAUAUGAGGUAAGACAACUACUUCCUUCAUCUUCACUUUGGGAGUAUCUCAAGGAAACUAAGGACAGAAACGAUGAACACCAGAGGAUCAAACACAACACCGUGGCUGCCAGCAUCAACGCCUUAGCGACAGUGACGUUUGAGGAUUUUGUCAAGAGCUGUUUUCCCCAUCUCUCCGACAAGCUGAGCACCUGGAUCAGUAAAGGCUUAUGUCUCUUGUUUGGCGUGAUAUGUACCUCCAUGGCUGUGGCUGCAUCCCUCCUGGGGAGCGUUGUACAGGCUGCCCUCAGCAUCCACGGCAUGUGUGGGGGACCGAUGCUGGGCUUGUUCUCUCUGGGAAUCCUGUUCCCUUCUGUGAACUGGAAGGGUGCCCUAGGAGGCCUUCUGACUGGGAUCAUCUUGUCAUUUUGGGUGGCCAUUGGGGCCUUAAUUUACCCUGCACCAACCUCCAAGACAUGGCCUUUGCCUUUAUCAACUGACCAGUGUGUCCCAUCAAAUGUGACGGAAUCAGUGCCUCCACUGCUGUCCAGCAGACCUGCCAUCGCUGAGACCUGGUAUGCACUCUCCUACCUAUACUACAGUGCAGUAGGCUGCCUGGGGUGCAUGGCUGCUGGAGUAAUCAUCAGCUUUGCGACAGGUCACCAAAAGGGCAAGGAUAUUCAACCGCUGCUAAUUAGACCAGUUUGCAAUUUAUUUUGCUUUUGGUCCAAGAAAUACAAAACACUGUGCUGGUGUGGUGUUCAGCAUGACAGUGAAACAGAGCAGGAAAACCUUGAGAAUGGCACUACCUGGAAACAAGGGGCUGAAUCUGUCUUACGAAACGGCCUCAGGCGAGAAAGCCUGGCCCAUGUUCCAGGCUAUGAUCCCAAGGACAAAAACUAUGACAACAUGGCUUUCGAGAAGAUUACCCAUUUCUAAGGCAACACACACACACACACACACACACACACAUCACACAGCCCGCAUACUUCUUGCCCACUGGUUAGUAGACUUCUCUACUUGCCCCUGCUAGAAGACAGGGAUGUCUAAUAUGUAUUUACACUUAUUUAAGACCACAAAUAACAUGACUGUUCCCCAGAAUAUUCUGAAGGUUAUUCUUUGGAAGACCCCACUUUCAGGUGAGAAAAAACAGCCAAGCGUUAAGUGCCCCGGCAACUUCCUUUUUGAAUAAACUAGGGCUUGAUUUCAUCAUAGUGCAAGAAUCAGUCUCCUUGCUUUGUGUCAUAAUAAACUUCAGGGAUUUUGUUUGUU